AGUGUGACUACUGGCUACUGACAGGUCAACAGUUGGGUGGAGCGUUUCAGCAUAGCUGGAAACAGUCAUCGUUAUACUUUAAAUGUAUGUCGCCGAAUAUUUCUUCCCAGUGAUUAUAAAGUGUGAAUGUGUCUACUAAAUUGAAAAAGUGUAAUAUAACACAAAAAGUGAUUCAAAAAUGGCUGAAGAGACUACUGCAUCCACCUUCUUGAUGAGAUUGAAGGGAUAUUUUAAAGAAGCGCCGUUUUUCUGCAAAAUUAUCGAACUGAUUUUCUGCGUCAUUGCAACGGGAUUGGUGGCAGGACCAUUUCAACAGAAUCAAAUACGGCCGACUGAUAUACACCAUAUAGCGAUAUUUCAUGUGGCAGUAUGCGGUUAUAUUCUUAUAAACGCAAUUCUUAUCAUGAGCCAUUUAUUAGGCGAACGAUUGCCGAAAAAAACAGCUCUUAUUUUUACGGCAAUGGGGGCGAUUCUGUGUUGCACCGCCGGCCUCAUUUUAAUUCGCGACUGGGACAAUUUCUCGACUAAUCUAAUUCAUGCGUAUCUGGAGGAAUAUAGCGAUCAAAUGGUUGCGGCCGGUUCUUUCGCAAUUCUAGCUGCCCUAGUAUUCGCUAUAGAUACGUACUUUACUAAUAAAUAUGAUUGAUCAUCAGGAAAAUUUGGAUUAUUACGAGUAUUAUAAAAGCGAGAAAUAAAGUCAAUCGUUUCCUAUUCCAUUUUCACAAAAAUAUAUUACUUCAUUAGUAAUUUUUAAAUGUUUUAUAUAAAUUUUUGCGAAAAAUGUUCUUGGCUUCGUGCAUGUCUUUACUUACAUAUUAUUGUUAUAUCACAAAUAUAAUAACAUAUUGAAAUAAAUACCAAACAUAUAAUGUUGAGUUAAAAUAUUAAGUAUAAAUAUUCAGAAAUGUAAUUGUUUUAGAAUAACUGUAUGAUUCUAAUUAUACAAUGUAACUACUCCUUAUCAAGUAUAUUAUUAUAAUUAUAUAUUAUUUAUAAUUAUAUAUGUAUUUAUAUUAUUUUAUAUGGAACAAUGCUUACAAUAAAUAAUUAUAUAUUACAAUGCUA